GAUGCAGUGGGUCGGUAGCAGUCUCCCCAACGGGAGCCAGGUGGCAUCCCGAUGUCCCAGCGCAGCCUUCGCUGAACAGAACCCUGUGGCCACUCUACCGGUACAGCAGCUCACGGACGAUUUGGCAGCUGUGCGGGACAACGUCCAUGCGGAGGAGGGUUUCCAGAUGAAGGUGUAUGCCCACGGCUUCACCCCUGAGGAGCUGGUCGUUCAAGUGGACGGUGGAUGCCUGAUGGUGACCGGCCAGCGGCAGCUGGAGGGUUGCAGACCAGAUGGGAGCAGCUUCCGCGUGGCGCAGAAGGUGCACCAGCAAAUGCCGCUACCGCCAAACCUGGAUCCCGCCGCCAUGACCUGCUGCCUGACCCCCUCCGGCCAACUGUGCGUCCGUGGCCAGUGCCGGGAGCUGCCUUCCCCUGAAGCCCAAACAGGACCGGCCUCGAGACUGAGGAGCCGCGGCUCUAAGAAGGGUUCCAACCUAGCCUGACCUAGUAAACCACUACCGUAGUGAGCA